CAGAUAUUUUUUGAGUGCCUACUAUGUGCCAGCCUGUGCUAGGCACUGGGGACACCAGUGGAAAACCCCGACGUGUUCCCUGCUCUCCUGGUGCUCAUCACCCUGUGAGAGUUAUGUCAUGCUCAGAACAGCAGAGGGCUCCAUGAGGAUUCAUAGAAGAUGCCCCGCCUCUUGGCGCCUUUGGUGCUGCUUCCGGCGUGGCUCAUGAUGGUCGCCUGCAGCCCCCACUCCCUGAGGAUCGCUGCGAUCUUGGAUGACCCCAUGGAGUGCAGCAGAGGGGAGCGGCUCUCCAUCACUCUGGCCAAGAACCGCAUCAACCGUGCUCCCGAGAGGCUGGGCAAGGCCAAAGUCGAAGUGGACAUCUUUGAGCUUCUCAGAGACAGCGAGUACGAGACUGCAGAAACCAUGUGUCAGAUCCUCCCCAAAGGGGUGGUUGCCGUCCUGGGACCAUCUUCCAGCCCGGCCUCCAGCUCCAUCAUCAGCAACAUCUGUGGGGAGAAGGAGGUCCCUCAUUUCAAAGUGGCCCCCGAGGAGUUUAUCAAGUUCCAGUUCCAGAGGUUCACAACUCUGAACCUCCACCCCAGCAACACCGACAUCAGCGUGGCUGUCGCUGGGAUCCUGAACUUCUUCAACUGCACCACCGCCUGCCUCAUCUGUGCCAAAGCAGAAUGCCUUUUAAACCUAGAGAAGCUGCUCCGGCAGUUCCUCAUCUCCAAGGACACACUGUCAGUCCGGAUGCUGGACGACACCCGGGACCCCACCCCACUCCUCAAGGAGAUCCGCGACGACAAGACGGCCACCAUCAUCAUCCACGCCAACGCCUCCAUGUCCCACACCAUACUGCUGAAGGCAGCUGAACUAGGGAUGGUGUCAGCCUAUUACACAUACAUCUUCACUAAUCUGGAGUUCUCGCUCCAGAGGAUGGACAGCCUCGUCGAUGAUCGUGUCAACAUCCUAGGAUUUUCCAUUUUCAACCAGUCACAUGCGUUCUUCCAAGAGUUUGCCCAGAGCCUCAACCAGUCCUGGCAGGAGAACUGUGACCAUGUGCCCUUCACCGGGCCUGCGCUCUCCUCGGCCCUGCUGUUUGACGCCGCCUACGCUGUGGUGACCGCGGUGCAGGAGCUGAACCGGAGCCAGGAGAUCGGUGUGAAGCCCCUGUCCUGCGGCUCGGCCCAGAUCUGGCAACACGGCACCAGCCUUAUGAACUACCUGCGCAUGGUAGAAUUGGAAGGUCUCACCGGCCACAUUGAAUUCAACAGCAAAGGCCAGAGGUCCAACUAUGCCUUGAAAAUCCUACAGUUCACAAAGAAUGGUUUCCAGCAGAUCGGCCAGUGGCACGUGGCAAAUGGCCUCAGCAUGGACAGCCGCCUCUACGCCUCCAACAUCUCCGACAGUCUCUUCAACACCACCCUGGUUGUCACCACCAUCCUGGAAAACCCGUAUCUAAUGCUGAAGGGGAACCACCAGGAGAUGGAAGGCAAUGACCGCUACGAGGGCUUCUGUGUGGACAUGCUCAAGGAGCUGGCGGAGAUCCUGCGGUUCAACUACAAGAUCCGCCUGGUCGGGGAUGGAGUGUACGGUGUUCCUGAGGCCAAUGGCACCUGGACAGGAAUGGUCGGGGAGCUGAUCGCUAGGAAGGCAGAUCUGGCAGUGGCAGGCCUCACCAUCACUGCCGAACGCGAGAAGGUGAUUGAUUUCUCCAAGCCAUUCAUGACUCUGGGAAUUAGCAUUCUUUAUCGAGUUCAUAUGGGACGCAAACCUGGCUACUUCUCCUUCCUGGACCCAUUUUCUCCCGGCGUCUGGCUCUUCAUGCUUCUCGCCUAUCUGGCUGUCAGCUGCAUCCUCUUCCUUGUGGCUCGGUUGACCCCCUACGAGUGGUACAGCCCCCACCCUUGCGCCCAGGGCCGGUGCCGCCUCCUGGUGAACCAGUACUCCCUUGGCAACAGCCUCUGGUUUCCAGUCGGGGGCUUCAUGCAGCAGGGCUCCGCCAUCGCCCCUCGAGCCUUGUCCACCCGCUGUGUCAGUGGCGUCUGGUGGGCAUUCACGCUGAUCAUCAUCUCAUCCUACACGGCCAACCUGGCAGCCUUCCUGACCGUGCAGCGCAUGGAUGUGCCCAUUGAGUCAGUGGAUGACCUGGCUGAUCAGACCGCCAUUGAGUACGGCACAAUUCACGGAGGCUCCAGCAUGACCUUCUUCCAAAAUUCCCGCUAUCAGACCUACCAGCGUAUGUGGAACUACAUGUAUUCCAAGCAGCCGAGUGUGUUUGUGAAGAGCACAGAGGAGGGAAUCGCCAGGGUGUUGAAUUCCAACUACGCCUUCCUUCUGGAGUCCACCAUGAAUGAGUACUAUCGGCAGCGAAACUGCAACCUCACUCAGAUUGGGGGCCUGCUGGACACCAAGGGCUAUGGGAUUGGCAUGCCAGUCGGUUCGGUUUUCCGAGACGAGUUCGAUCUAGCCAUUCUCCAGCUGCAGGAGAACAACCGCCUGGAAAUUCUGAAGCGCAAAUGGUGGGAAGGAGGCAGAUGUCCCAAGGAGGAAGAUCACAGAGCCAAAGGACUGGGAAUGGAGAAUAUUGGUGGAAUCUUUGUGGUUCUUAUUUGUGGCUUAAUCGUGGCCAUUUUUAUGGCUAUGUUGGAGUUUUUAUGGACUCUCCGACACUCAGAAGCUACCGAGGUGUCCGUGUGCCAGGAGAUGGUGACUGAGCUGCGCAGCAUCAUCCUGUGUCAGGACAGCGUCCACCCCCGCCGGCGGCGCUCGGGGAUCCCGCCGCCCCGGCCCCCGGCGCCCGAGGAGCGCCGGCCCCGGGGCACCGCGACGCUCAGCAACGGCAAGCUGUGCGGGGCCGGGGAGCCCGACCAGCUGGCGCAGAGACUGGCCCAGGAGGCCGCCCUGGUGGCCCGCGUGCACACACAUCCGGGUGUGCCCCGAGUGCCGCCGGUUCCAGGGCCUGCGGGCGCGGCAGUCGCCGGCGCGCAGCGACGAGAGCCUGGAGUGGGACAAGGCCACCAACAGCAGCGAGCCCGAGUAGCCGCCGCGCCGCUCCGGACUGGGGACCCGGCACCUUCACCCAGAGAGCAAAGGGCCGGAGGCAGCGCGCUGGCGCGGGAGCUGCGGCCGCCGGAGACGUGCGCCCGGGGGGCGAGGGCCCGCCUCCCUGCCCGCCCCGACGACCCCCUUCUCGGGUGGGCCUUUCCCCCCGCCCAGAGUCCGGGGUGGGGGUCCCUGCCCGACCCGGCCCGGUGAACCUGUGGGUUCAUCAGCGCGAUUUCCCCCUAGGAAGGGGCAACUGUACCCUGGGUCUAGUUCUUACAGGAAAACAAAACAACAAUUAAACUCAACAGGGAAGUUUUUCUUUUCUGGCUUUGUAUAUCUUUGUGAAUGUUCUUUCUGUUCGUUUCCCCCUUCUCUCCGUCCUCCGUUUUUCUUUGUGGUCUUCUCAAUUCUGGUCAUUUGUUUUGUUUUUUUCCGGAGCGGGAGGCUGGGCUAGGAAAUGGAAGUCCCAUUAAUCCCUGUUCCUUUUUCCUAAAUUUUAGGAUGGGGAGCGGCCAACGCAGCAGAUUUCAGGCUCUGAGCUCUCCUUUCUGUGUGGUGAUUGGGGGCACCAGGGAGUGUAGGAGAAGGUCUUGGGAACAAUAAGGUGGAGAGUCUCACAUAAAAGUCCAUUCAUUUUUAAAAUGCCAAAAACCAAUUCACUUGUAGCCCUCGCAGAGACCUUGAAAUGCCUGGGGUUUCAGGGGUUAAUAUGUUUUCUUUGCUUGUGCUUUUUCUGCCUUGCACUGUCAUUGAGUUUCAUUUGGUCUCUUGUGAAUGUGAUCUCUGAAGAAGAGAGACAGGAGGAGAGCAGAGGCACAGAGUGUCCUGGGGCCUUGCUUAAGGAGCAGAAAGUGGAGAUGCAAUUUUCCCACACCACAGCCCGGGCCUCCAGUGGAACGUGCUGCUCACAGCCGAGGUGGUGUGGAGCCACCGUGUCAGUAGGGUGCAUAUUUCGUCAGCUUCAUCUCUUUUUAACCAAACUCAGUAGCUAGCUGCCUAUGAAGCCAGACCCCCAAAGCUAUCAUGGAUUGAGUGAUUUCUUGCUGUUUGACAUGAGACCCAGAUGCAAGUGUCUGUGUGUACAUGUGUGUGUAAGUGGGUGUGUGCCUGUGUGUAUGUGUUUAUUAAAUGGAAAGACCUUACGUAAUCAAGAACGCGCCAGGUUCCUGGGAGAGCGGUGGAGUCUAAGCCAAAUCACAGGCCUGGAAACUACAAACUCUUUGAGUCCUAACCUCAGCUUGUGCAGUAGCCCCCUUGUGUGAGUUUAGGGAAAGCAUUUAGCUUCUCUUCCAUCUACAAAAUCAAGAGUUACUGAUGCUUCCCAGGCUAUCAGGUGACUGCUACUACCGCUCUGCUUGUGAGAUGUUUGUAGGAUCCGGCCCCCUCCUCUGAUGGGAGGGUGAGGCUUCCCAGUGAGGCUGACCUUUGCUUGGCUUCACCCAUUGGGAGUUUGAUGCAGAGGGUUUUCUAAAUUCUAUGCAAUUUCUGAUUGUCCACUUAGAAAAUUCAGAGGGAGAGAGAAAUAAACAGCCGCUUCCACCACCACCACGACCACCACCUUGAAUCGAAUUGUCCUCAUCUUGUUUCUGAUCCGAGUGUACUAAAAUAAAAGAUGUGUUUGGAAGAUGA